AGGUUUUCUGACAAACGCGUCAAGUAAAUUUACUUUUUUGUUCGUGAGUAGUGGUAUAUUUUAUUUCAUUAAAAAUGUCUCUUCGCUGCCCCGAUCUCCCAUUUUUACCGGGAUACUCCGUUAAUCCAAAUGUGGGAAAAACCGAAUUCCACUUAAAUCCAAUAUUUGGAUUUAUUGGAGAAGGUAACAGAGCUCUUAUAGAGAAGGUGAAGCCCAAUAUGUUUGGACCAUUGUCAGAUAAAUUUCCAUCCAUAUAUCCAAGAGGACAAUGCACCGAGCUGCCAGGAUGGAUUAUGUUCGACAAACAGAUUCUAUGUUUUGAUGCAUUUUUUCAAGAAACAUUACAGGAAGUUCGAGGCUCUCCUUUCCAAGUGCGUAACGUAAAAAUUUAUUAUUUUCUGGAGGAUGGAACCAUCCAAGUUAUUGAACCCCGAGUUGAGAACAGCGGCGUUUCGCAAGGAACUUUGAUAUCUCGACAAAGAAUCCGCUUUCCAUCUCCAAUGGACUUUAACUUUUACGAUGUGAUGGACUUUAAUAUUGGAAGAGAAGUUGAAUUUUAUGGUCGGGUGCUUAAAAUUACCAACUGCGAUAAGUUUACCAGAACUUUUCUGAAUCGAUGCGGUAUAUCAGUUCCCGAUCCUAUAGUAGGACCAGGCGAUCCAUACAUGGAACUGCGUUCCCAUGAUAAAGACGCUGUUCAACCCAAAAAGCCAAAUAGAACUAAAGAUAGUUUGGGCAAGUUUUUGGAAAAUGACAGGAAAGUGCUGCACUUCAAAGCAUAUUGGGACGAUCAAAAUACUGAGUAUGGGUAUUUGCACUACCUUGAGCUGAGAUAUUAUUUGGCAGAUGAUACGAUUGAAAUUAAGGAGCUUCAAUCGGAAAGUGGUGGAGAACCAGGGUUUCUAUUUCUGAGAAGAGCUAAACUUCCUAAAAGAUACAAGGAACUACCUGCAGUAGGUGGUAAUGCAAACUAUACAAUUCUGAACGUACUUGGAUCAGCCCUGAGUAAUCGACGAUAUAUUGUGGAUCCUCUGGACUGCGGAAGGGAAAAUAUUCAGUAUUACGAUGAAAGAGAUUUAAGUAUAGGAGGUGUUAUAAAUUGUUAUGGACGAAAACUGGUUCUGACCGAUUGCGACGCUUUUACAAAAGAGUACUAUGCAACAAAAUAUGGAAUUAGUGAAUUUACUCCCAUAUCAGAACCAGCGAGGAACAAGGAAACCGUUUUUAUAGCUAAGCCAAAGGAACGGGAUCUCCCUCCUUGGAAUGGGUUUGGGUCUUAUGAGGAUUCUGCACAAAACUGUAUUACGGUGGAGCCGAAAGCUCCCCAUAAGAACUUUAAAAAGUUUUUAUCAUACGAUAGAAUUGGCCUUGACAGUCAUGUAUUGAGAUUCAAAGCAAAAAUGGUUUCUCAAAUUCCGGAAAACUGUACCAGAAACUUCAUAAUUAGUUAUUUUCUCACUGACGAUAGUCUCGCUGUCUUUGAAGUCGGCCAAAGAAAUUCAGGAUUUAGCGCUUCGACUUUUUCAUCCAGAGCAGAAGUUCAGCUGCCUGGGCAAAAAAUAUUCACAAGUAAACCACCUUUAUCCUAUACUCCUCAACACAUGUUCAUAGGGGCCACAUUAAUUAUCAAUGGAUUUAAAUUUGUCUUGGUGGAAGCCGACGAAUAUGCUCUUCGCUAUAUGGAAAUUAAUUGUGGACAGUUUCCCAAAGCCAACUUGAAGAGAAUUAUGGAUAAUGUCAGAGAAAAACUGAAACCCAUUUAUAAGGAUUUCGUAGCAGAAAAUAUACCAAAAGAAACAUCUGUUAUCAGCUAUUCAAAAUUGAGAGAAAAACUAUGCAGAAUAAUGGGCCAAGACUUUACUGAACACGAAAUGAUUACUAUAGCUAGAGGAUUCAGUGCAAGUUGUUACAAUCCAAGAUAUGAUCGAAUGAAAAUAAGAGCGAUUGCUUUAACGGAACUAAAACGGUUUUUGUGGGAUGAUCUAGAACGUCUUCGCGAGUAUUUCUUGCAAACGGAUCAUUCCAAAAGUGGAAAACUCUCCAAAAAGGAAUGUUACACGGUACUCAAAGGAGCCAGAUUGCCAUUUGAUAAUGAGCUACUAGAAAAAAUACUGGAAGUCAUAAAGAAAGAUGACGACUGCAACUUGAACUACGAAGAAAUUUUGCAAUUUUUGGACCGGUCAAUCUGCGCUCCCCCAGACGAACCACCCACUAAUGUCAAGAACGAUUUAUGGUGGGGUUCUGAGCCACAACCGGAAGCAGGAAAGCUCAUAGACUGGUGCGCUUUUAAUAAAUAUCUGGAUUUAGAAUCCACUUUUAGAGAUACCAUUGAACCCAAUUCAAUUAUCGCUUUAGAAAGUAGUCGUAAAUGAUGUAAUAAAUAAAUUUUAUUAAACAUGAUUUUGCAAAAAGGUA